AAUCCUCCAUUAUCCACAUAAUUUAAUCCCCUCUGGAUAACAUCCCUUCUUCCAAGUUCCAACCACAAUGGCCUGAGCUUCAUCUCCAUCCAUAAACUCCCCAACAAUGGCCACCUCUUUCAGAUCCCGAAUCCACCACUUCCCAAUCUCUCCCACUUUCAAAAGCCCCUCUGUUUCUCCUCCUCCAUUUCCAAUCAAGGCCACUUCCCCUCUCAGAGGCCCUUUCCGGCCUCUCGCAGCCUCUGCGCCGCCGCAAUCCACCGCCAAACCCUUAAAAACUCCUCAGCCGUUGGAUUUCAAGAUAAUCGACGAAACCCCAAUUGGGAACUCGAGGUUUCUGAUCAUCGGAGCCGUCUCGGUGGGCGUUGCCCUGUUUCUGAUGGGUUGCAAUGGCGAAAGGGCUCUGGCUUUGGGGCCUGAAGGGCCGUUGGUGGAGGAAUUCUGGGACAAUGUAAGAAGAUAUGCAAUUUACGCCGUCACUGUAAGUACGGGUGCUCUUUACACUAUUCUUCUUCCCAUUUUGGAGCUGCUGAAGAACCCCAUUACUGCUGUUCUUGUUUUGGCUAUUCUUGGGGGUGCCAUUUUCGUUAUUUCUCAAGUUCUAUCUGCUAUGGUUGGCGUCAAUGAGUUUUCUUAUGAUUAUGCCUAUUGACCCAUCAAAGCAAUAUCUUACAUUGCAUUGUGCUAAAUUUAAGAUUGUUUCCACUGUGUCUGCAUUGAUAUUGAAGGUUUCAACGGGUAGCUUGCUUACUUUCUUU